AUGAAGUGGGUUGUCCUCCCCGCUUCACUCGCACUCGCCAAGAUAGGCUUCAAGAUGGCGGAGCAGCUCAUUCCAGUGCUUGUACAACUGUACCACCCGCACCCGCGCACCCUAUCGCUCGCGCUACCCGCCGCGACACCCCUCGCCUCGCUGCCAUCUCUCCUCGACGAGUACUGCCCGACAUCGCAGCAGCGCCUCUCAUACGCCAGUGGACGGUCGCUCCCACGGCUGUCGUCGACCGUACCUGUCUCGAGUCUCGCCGGAGUGCGGACAGAUGAAGGUGGAUUCGUGACUCUCCGCCUGGGAGUUAGGCUGCCUGGUGGCAAGGGAGGAUUCGCAAGUCAGCUGAGGGCGCAGGGUGGCCGGAUGAGCAGCAACAAGGCGCAGAACACCGACUCGUGCCGCAGCCUUGACGGGCGGAGGCUGAGUACGAUCAAGGAGGCGCAGAAGCUCGCCAAACUCCUCGAAUCCGAACCCGACCGCCUCGCCGCCGCCGCCCUCGUCAAGCAGCAAAAGCUCGACGAGCUGAACGCCGAGAUCAAGCGUCUCGAGCGGCAAGCGGGCGUAGAUGCCGCGCAGUCCGGAGCAGUCGAGGCGAGCGGAUCGGGAAGUGCGCCAUCGACUGGCGGAGGCGGAGGAGGCGGGAAUAAGCGCAAGCUGGAUGCGCACUAUGUCGAGGAGAGUAGGGAGAUUGUGAGCGGAGUCAAGGACGCUGUCAAGGCUGCCAUGAUGAAGAAGCGCAAGAAGGCGAAGGCUACCGCUUCAGCCGAUGCUGCUAUCUCGAACGACGCGACGAAGGCGACGGGCUCGUCCGGCAGCGAAGGCGAGAAGGAGAACACCGUCAAGGAGCAGUCGAAGUCCGACCCGAAGGGCAAGGGUAAGGCGAAGGCGGUCCAGGAGGAAGAAGCGGCAACGGCAGAAGCUUAG